AUGACCGAUCAGCAGAGCUUUUCUACUAAAGUAAGUUAUUAUGAGAUUGAUAACUUUGAAAAUAUGUAUGAGACUUCCAGCUGGUCCUUCAAGCAUUAUCAAAUGCGUUGCUUAUUUUAGGUUUUGUUGCAUCGCAUUUGGCUAAUUGGUAAGUCGAAAAAAGCGACCCAAUUUUUCCUAACAUGAGCAAUUGUCAACAUUUUCAGGGAAUAUCAAAUCAUCAUUAAAAGUUCUCCAGUGCACAUUCCCUUCAAAUACACAAAGAAUAUAAUGCUCCUCAUGCUUCCCGUCUAUUUUUCCAUCGCAUUUUUCGGCAACUUCACAGCCCUCGUUCCAAAAACCAAAAACCUCAUAAUUCUCGGCGUAUUGUGCUUGAAUGCAUUCGGUUUCAUCGCAUAUUCUUCGGUUAUUUUGGAAUAUCAACUUUAUCGUCGAAAUGCUGCCGAUGGUGACAAAGAUCUGCAGAAACUUGAUUGGUUUAUUGAACUAGAACCUUUUUUUCAAAUGUAUGUAGUUUUUCUUGUUUUGUCUGGAAUAUUUAUUGUUUGUCUGUUGAUUUUUAUCAUUACUAUGAUUAUUAUAAGAAUUUUUGAAGCGAGGAAAAAAUCGAAAUCCAAAACAAAACAAGAACCAAAAUUAGAGAUGAAUAAAUAAAUUUGUUGUUUUUUUACGUGAUGACCUUCCCGCUAUAUUUAUUUUCUGCAAUCCCAAAAUUUCUACUUAUUUAUAUUUUUUUCGCCGCUAAAAAAUGCGUGAUAAUUGUACGUUCUAUGUAUGUGUAAAACUGUUUCUUCAAGGUGUUUCAUGUAUUUUGAUACUUCUCGGAUUUGUCGCUGCUAAUCAAGCUCAUCGGUGAGUUUUCUAUGGUUGUCUAGCUUCUCUGCGUCUCUAAUCGCUGAUAGCUUGCUUCUAUGGUAUCUAACGACGCUUUGAUACCAUAGAUGUUAUCCAUUUCAAUCUUCCCCUGCACUAACAUGAGCAAUACGGUAUUUUCCAGCGAAUACCAAAUAAGUCUCCAAAGUUAUCAAAUCAACACCUAUUACUACAAAUUAAACUCAAUGGUCCUCCUGAUUCCAUGUAUUUUCACCAUCGGAUUUUUCGGACUUCUCAACGCACAUUUUCAAGAAACCGUUUUCUCAAUUUUCGCAGUUAUAUACAGUUUUUACGCAUUGCUCAUGCUAAUCUUUUCCUCGAUGCAUUUGAGCGAUGAAUGGGACAAGUGGCAGAUGGCCAGGAAAACGCAAUGGAGUUUGAGCGAAUUUGAGUGGUUUGUGGAUUUGGAGUCGAUGUUUUUCAUGAACGUUGUGAUCAUAUUUUUCGCGAUGUUGUUGAUUUUGGCAGUGGGUGUAACUUCGAGUACGAUUUUGGUUAGACGGUUAAUCGCUUGGAGAGAUUCAGGGAGCAAAAGUGAUAAUGCAGAAAUGAGUGCAGAAACAACUACUACUACUACUACUACUCAAACACAAACCACUGUUACUCGAUAA